CGGAGACCUUCAAUCGCCCACUCUUCUCAAUUCACUUAUCACUGUUCGCUAUGAUGAAGACGGCCCUCAGCUGGGCCGCCCUCGUUGCGGCGAUGACUGGUGUUGCUUCCGCUGGAGGCUCCCCUGGCUUGGCUCUGCCAAAGCGAGCCGACACUGGCGUUAGUCAGGCCGCAGCACCAGGAGUUUCUCCCUUCAGCUACGACAUGAACACAGGAAUGUACAUGCAAUCUCAGGUGUCUUCGGAGGCCGCGCCACAGCUUCAGUACACGACCGAGAACGGCGCUCCAUACAUCAAUCCUUAUGAUGCCUGGCGCAUAGGUGCCACAGGUCCCCUGCUGCUCGAAGAUUAUCAUAUGACUGAGCUGCUCGGGUCUUUUGACCGUGAACGAAUCCCUGAGCGUGUCGUUCAUGCCAAAGGAGCUGGUGCACAUGGGUACUUCGAGGUGACGAAUGCAACCUUCUGUAAACAAUAUACUAUGAUGGACAUGUUGAGUGAGGAUGGCCUAACCACUCCAGUCACAGUUCGCAUCAGCACUGUAAGCGGUGAGACCGGUGCUUCGGACGAGCUUCGCGAUCCCCGCGGAUUUGCGGUGAAAUUCCGUACUCGCAAGGGCAUCCUUGACAUUGUCAUGAACAACACCCCUGUAUUCUUUAUUCGCGACCCGUCCAAAUUCCCUUACUUCAUCCAUACUCAAAAGCGUAACCCACAAACGAACCUCAGGGACAAAGACUUGUUUUGGGACUUCUUGAGCUCGAACCCCGAAUCUCUGUAUCAAACGAUGAUCCUGUUCUCAGACCGCGGUACUCCCUACGGCUUCAGACACAUGAACGCCUGGACAGGUCACACAUACCGUUGGAUUCAAGACGAUGGCACGUGGCACUACGUGAAGCUAUACUUCGAGACCAUGCAAGGAGUCAAGAAUUUCACCAACACUGAAGCGACGUACAUUCAAGGAGCGAAUCCGGAUUUUGCCACGCAGGACCUCUUCGAGUCCAUUGCCAAUACGUCCUUUCCAGGGUGGACCGUAUAUGCCCAAGUCAUGACCCCAGAGCAGGCUGAAAACUACACAUACAAUGUACUGGACUUGACAAAGGGCUGGGAUGACAGUAUCCCCUACGUUGAGAUCGGCAGAAUGUACCUGACCCAGAAUUCAGCCAACUACUUUGCGGAGAUUGAGCAGGCCGCCUUCUCGCCGUCGCACCUUGUCGACGGUUGGGCGCCUUCGGCAGACCCUAUGUUGCAAGCUAGGAUGUUUGCUUACUCUGACACCCAACGUUAUCGGUUGGGCAUCAACCAUAUGCAAAUCCCCGUCAACGCUCCAAUCACUCCAGUCGCGAACUUCGAGCGCGGUGGCAGGAUGAACGUUGCCGGAAAUCAAGGCACCAGACCCAACUAUAUGUCGACUAUGAGUCGCCUCGGGCUCUACAACCGCACCUACACGCUUGAUUCCCACCAGCAGUGGACGGGAGGCGCCGUCCAGUCUUUGUCGGCGGUGACUGAAAUCGACUUCGCAUGGCCGCGCAUGUUCUGGAACAGCCUUUCAGAGCAGGACCAGCAGAACCUGAUCAGCAAUGUGAUCGGCCAUCUCGGCGAGGUCGUCAAUCAGACCGUGCGGGAACGGCAGGUUGCGUUGUUCGCUCACGCGAACUACACUCUGGGCCAGGCGAUCGCGCAGGGCGUCGGUGUCUCCCGAAUCACCAACCUGACUUUCGCGUACGGCGAGACCUGGUACAAUCACACGAUCUACAGCGACAGCAGUACUCUGUUCUAUUAAUGGACGUUUGGCUGGAGAAGGAUAUGAUAUUUUAGUGCAAGGACCUUCCUACUGCUUUCGCGCUACGCUGUGGUCCCUAUGACUCCUUACCAUGUUUAACGGUCGAUCUAGGCGAUAGUAUCUUUAUCGCAUUAAUCAUCUG